AAUCAUUCAUGCAUAAAUCACAAGUGAGUUAGGUCAGGUUAGAUGUAUCUGAACUGUUUAGUUUUGUAUCAUAUUCACUCAACAGCAGCUGUGUGGUAGUAUGAUGGCCUCUCUACUAAAACUAAGUUUCUCUCCUAUAAGAAAUCAACUGUUGAUUCCUAAACAACUUAAAAUUGUUACCUCUUUAAAUUACACAAGAAACCUACCCCUGAAACCUUUCAACAGCACCAGUCCUUUGCCGGAAUUUGCUGACCAUCCAACUGUUAGAAAUCAUGACGAUUUAUACAAGUUUAGCAUUGAAAAGCCCGACUUGUUCUGGUCAAAGUUGGCCAUAAGCCGCCUGUUGUGGGAUAAAGAAUUUGAUAGAGUUCAAAAAUGUGAUUUUAAGACAGGAGAAAUAAACUGGUUUGUUGGUGGUAAACUUAACGUCUCUGUAAACUGUGUGGACCGACAUGCUAAAUCAAAUCCAAACAAGAUUGCUCUUAUUUGGGAAAAAGAUGAACCAGGCCAACAGGAACGGAUUACCUAUCAAGAGCUGUACCAUAUGGUUAACCAGAUGGGUAACAUGCUUCUUCAGCACAAUGUGAGUAAAGGAGAUCGAGUGGCUAUCUAUAUGCCGAAGUGUCCAGUAGCUGUGACAGCCAUGUUAGCUUGUGCACGAAUCGGUGCUGUUCACUGUGUGGUCUUUGCAGGAUUCAGUGAUGAAGCAUUAGCAGGGAGGAUUCAAGAUGCUCAAGUGAAUACAGUGAUAACUGCUGAUCAAGGAGUUAGAGGUGGGAAAAUCCUAGAGUUAAAGAAAAUAGUUGAUGCAGCUGUAUCGAAAUGUCCAAGUGUAAAGCAGGUCUUUGUGUACAAACGUACUGGAGGAGAUGUCCCAAUGGGUAAAAUUGAUAUCCCACUUGAAAAGGCUCUAAGUGAAGUCUCCAAGCCAUAUUGUAAACCUCAAGAGAUGGAUAGUGAAGAUCCCUUAUUUAUGUUAUACACAUCUGGUAGUACUGGGAGUCCAAAGGGACUUGUGCAUACUCAAGCUGGUUAUUUGCUGUAUACAACCGUUACACACAAACAUGUAUUUGAUUACCAAAUGGACGAUAUCUUUGGAUGUGUGGCUGACAUUGGCUGGAUAACUGGACAUAGCUAUGUUGUGUAUGGACCACUAAGUAAUGGAGGCACAACACUUCUGUUUGAGAGUACACCAACCUACCCAAACCCAGGUCGCUAUUGGGAAGUCGUGGAGAGACUUAAGUUGACUCACAUAUACUUGGCACCCACAGCUCUUCGUUUGUUGAUUAAAAUGGGAGAUUCAUGGGUACAUAAUUAUGACAAAUCCUCUCUGCGUGUUCUGGGAAGUGUCGGAGAACCUCUCAAUCAUGAAGCCUGGGAGUGGUAUUACAAAAACGUUGGAGAGCAACGGUGCGACAUUGUCGAUACUUGGUGGCAGACAGAAACAGGAGGUAUUCUCAUUUCCCCAAGACCAUCAAAUUCCAAAGCUGAAAUAUUUCCAGCUAUGCCGAUGAGACCAUUCUAUGGUAUUGAACCGUGUUUGGUAGAUAAAGAGAAUAAUGAAUUAAAAGGUGACAACAAAGAAGGGCUGCUGUGUAUUAAGCAACCAUGGCCAGGCAUGUGCAGAACAAUAUAUGGAGGGAAAUCUCGUUUCGUAGAUACAUAUUUUAAGUCUGACAAAGGUUUAUAUUUCUCUGGAGACAAUGCUAUACGAUAUGAACACGGGUUUUAUCGUAUUACUGGGAGAGUCGAUGAUGUCAUCAAUGUCAGUGGCCACCGACUUGGUACAGCUGAGAUCGAGGAUGCUAUAGCCAACCACUGUGCUGUAGCAGAAUCUGCCGUGGUUAGUUUCCCACAUGAUAUCAAAGGAGAAGGUAUUUAUGCAUUUGUAGUUCUCAAAGAUGACAUAACUGAAAACGCUGAAGAAAUUCAAGAUGAACUAAAGCUAAUAGUAAAAAAACAAAUAACAAGUUUUGCCCAACCAGAUAUUAUUCAGCUUGUGCCCGGAUUACCUCGAACUCGAUCUGGUAAAAUCAUGAGAAGAAUCCUGCGAAAGAUUGCCCACAAAGAGCAAGAUUUUGGUGACACAUCAACUCUUGUAGAUCCAGACAUUGUUGAAACAAUCAUUAAAAGACAACAGAUGAAUUAAAUAUCAACUGCUGAAAUCGCUUUCGAUUCUC